AUCUUCUCUGCUCCCUCACCACAGAGCCACUGAGUUUGCCAGCUCCUGGACAUCUCUUAACAUUCAAAGCAACAAUUUGACUAAAAUGUGAUGAUGCUGUGCCCUCCACCUCCUGCUCUGAAUCUGCAGUAGACCAUGUCAGCCGUUACCGACCAACCUCAGCCGUACGGCGGGCUGGAGAGAGAGAAGCACAUCCGCAUGGUGUACCGGGCCUUUCACCGGUGCUGGGGGGCCCGUGCAGGCCUCCAGGGCUCCACUGCCUCCCUCUGCCCAGAGAGGGGAGCUCUCCCCGGGCCCGCAGAGUCCGAGAACCAGGCAGUGAUGCUCCACCAGGGAGAUCAGGGGCCGAGUGGGGUGGCCGGGCCCACAGAGGGAGUGUCUGGGCUGGAGAUGGAUGACUUGGAGCGGAGGGAUUGCUGGUUGGAGCCAAGCGCAGCAAGGGGUCUCACUGUUCUCAGUACAGUCAGUCAACUGCACAUAACAACCAAACCCGAGCUGAGAGGUCCACAGUGUGUCCCUCGAAGAAUCUACAAUAUUGCCAAUAACAACAAAGAUCAAGUCUUUGUGGCGGUUGAAGAGAGCUCCUGUGUGUGCCUCCAGUGCUGUGGCCCGGCGCGCUCCUGUUCCCUGCAGGGCUUCGACCGCCAGGCCCAGCAGGUAUUCCACUUUGAGAGGCCCCUGCGGGCCGACACGUGCUGCCUUGGCUGCUGCCUGAUGGAAAUGAGGGCCUAUUCAGCCGAGAGACAGCUGAUUGGCACAGUGCAUCAGAGGUGGAGCAUGUUCACUCCGUACUUUGAGGUGUGUGACUCGGAAGGAAGUCUGGCCUUGAGGAUCCAGGGCCCUUGUUGUCCUCUGCGAUGUCGCUCCAACCAGGAGUUUCAGGUGGUCUCCACACUUGGUGAGACUAUAGGCAGCAUAUGGAAAAAAUGGCCUGGCUUUAAUGAAGAAUGUAACAUCGACCAUGAAUAUUUCGGACUGGAUGGUAAGUUUCUUGUUAUGUCUAUACAUAUGCUGGCAGCCAGUUUCUCAUACGGAGUGCUUCAUUUAUCCCUGCUACACAAUACACUCAAUGAUCCCUACAUUGUGCAGUCAGUAUCCUUCUCAUGUUUACCACCCCUAUGUUCACAGUCCCACAGGAGAUGCCUAUGAACACCAAAGUGCUCCUGCUAGCUGCCACCUUCCUCCUAGUACGUAAACAUUUUUUAUGUUUUAAUGCCAUUGGACAUAACUCAACCUGUAGAGUAAUGUAGUGACAACACCAAAGUCAUAUGUUUGAUUGGUCAUGUGAAGGACAGGGUUAGGCAAUGUCAGGCUAACCCAGGAUAUGCACUAUGCAGUUCUGUGCUCAGGGUAAGAAACCCAGCAAAAAUCAAGGAACAGCUUUCUUCCUUUC